UCAUCAAAAUGGAAAAUCCAAAGCAUUGGGACAAAAACGUUCAUUUAUUGCGAUAUAACCAAAGCAUUAAAAAAACGUUCAUUUAUUGCGAUAAUACAACAAACAUAGCGAAGGAUAAAUUAGUCAACAACAUAAACACGUGAUGAAAAUAAAUUUAUACCUAACCAAACAAUUGACUACAUGUAUAUUAGUGUGCAUAAGUAGCGUAAGCUUUGCUGUCAAUAUUGAUGGAGGGAGCUUUUCACAGGUUCUUACAGACAUAGCCAAUAACGCUUUAGGAGUCAAUAAAAUACAGGAACAUUAUAACAGUCUACAUUACACGAACUCUUUAUUGGAUGGAGAAGGACUAGUAACAGAGAUCUCAGCGUCCUUAAGUACCAAGUUUGAUGGACCAAUUCAAGCUUUAAUGAGAAUUAAGCAAGCCGUUGAAGAAGACAUAGACACAUUUUCAAGCUAUACAUCAAUGCCUCAAUGUUGUCAUGCAACGGGACUUACUAACAGUAGUCAAUUUAGAACAAAGGUUAACAUGAACCAAGCUUGUGUUACAAUAUCAUCAUAUUCUCCGCCAGAACGGACAUUCCCGACAACUAAAAUACAAGAGGUAAUGAAGGAAAAUAAUAGGCUCAAUCCAAACCUUAAAUGGCAGUACUUUGGGAAGGAAGAUGGAAUAUAUUUAAACUAUCCAUCCUUAAAACUUAAUGAUUGUUCCAGUUACGAUCCAAGAUUCCGACCAUUUUAUGUUUCCACGGCGACCCCUGUUCAGAAGGAUGUUGUGGUUGUUAUUGAUAAAUCUGGAUCCAUGAGUAGCAGGCAUAAUUCUAAGACGUUACUGCAGAUAGCCAAAGAAGCUGCUAUAUCAGUCCUGGAAACGCUUAAUCCAAAUGAUAGGUUUGGGAUAGUAGCUUUCAGCUCCAGUGCUUACAUCCCAGGAUCUAGCACAAUUGGCAGAGAGUGUCAUGGAACAGAAUUGGCAAAAGCCACACCCCUUAAUAUUAAAUUCAUGAAGAGUCAAGUGAGUGUUAUCAGAAGUGGAGGAUCUACUAAUUAUGAAGCGGCAAUGAAAGCAGCCUUCAAGUUUUUUGUAAACACGUUAGACAUGUCUGGCGAUAGAGGAAAAGUUAUUCUGUUUUUAACUGAUGGCGACCAAACUACUGGUGGAGAACCCCUUGAUGUUAUCAAGGAAGAAAAUAAAAAAAUGAACAACCGCGUUGUGAUAUUAACAUAUGGUCUAGGUCAACAAUUAAGUACAAAUGCCAUACAGAAGUUGAAAGAUAUGGCCGCUCAGACAAGGACUGAUGUUAGUUAUGGCGAAAUAAAGAUAGGUGAAUUCAAGCACAUUUCCAAUCCUGACUUCCUUAGAUCUUCAAUGGCAUCAUAUUACAAUCGUUUCAGUAGCAGUGAAGAAAUUCAAAAUCCUAUAUUCUCUGUACCAUACCAGGAUUUGUUUGGGAUUGGUUUGAUAACAUCUAUAUGCCUGCCUGUCUAUAGACCUGGUGGAGAGUUGGUGGGCGUGGCUUGUUCUGAUGCGACUGUGAGUGACAUUAUGUCUGAUAUUUCAUACUUUAGACAAGGAGAGUUAUCAUAUGCUUUCAUUAUUGAUGGAAUAGGAAGAACUCUCAUUCAUCCUUUGCUACCAUUACCUGAUAGUGUGAAGGACGACCCAAUAUAUGUAAACAUUGAACAUUUAGAACGCUCCUCAUCAGCUACUAUGGUUAUAGAAUCUAUGAAAAUUGGAAAAACAGGAAAUGACACAUUUUAUUCGAAAAGAACAGUUCCACGGGGUAACAUGCUGUAUGAGGGAAUUGAAACUGAAAACGUACUGUCACAUUAUAAUUGGAAACCAGUCAGCCAGAGUAAUUUUUCCGUGUGUAUUGUUGUUGGUGAUAAUGAUAAACAGCCUAUACUAGAUCCUCAGACUGUUACACCAGACAGUUUUGUUUAUCAUCGAUUGGACUAUACCACAGCAGAAGGGUCGAACUGUCGACAUUUUACACGAUUUGGAACAAAAGAUAAAUCUGUUGUUAUGUUGACUCCCGGUGCAUUUCUAGAGCCAUUUAAUUACUUAGAUGUAGAGGAAACUAAAGCAAUGAUUACCAAGUAUGAAGAUUUUUUAACAGGGAAAAAUGUCCUGAAUAAUCCAGGGUUAAAGGAAUCCAUAUUAAAUUCAGUUUCCUCGACUUAUCCUGCUGAAAGUAUCUGGAAGUCUAGUAGAGAGUUAUCUGAGUUUGUUGUAUGGAGAUAUAUAGGUACAGCAGAUGGAGUUAUGAGGCUAUAUCCAGGUGUUGAACUACCUAAAAACUAUGACCACACAAGAAGGGCAUGGUAUAAAAGAACAUUAGCUCUAAAAGGAAAGGUUGUGUUGUCUGCUCCUUACCUGGAUCUGUGGGGAUCUGGAUACCUGAUUACACUAAGUAAAACUAUAACAGAAGGGAGUGGAAGUGGGCCAGCAUCUGGUCAGACUGUAGCAGUGAUUGGGACAGAUUUCACAAUCAACUAUUUUUAUCAGAUGAUGCAGAACACUUACUCAGAUUGUCAAAAUAUACAACAGUAUAGUUGUUUCAUAUUGGAUAGCAGUGGUUACAUUGUUAUACAUGAAGACUUUGCUAAUCCUGAGUCUACCCCACCCAAAAUAGAAAAUGUUCAUGUCAUUUAUAAGGAAAGUGCAAUAGCUGAGGACCUAAUAAACCAGAAUAUGAUGAAUAAAGCUUCAUGCAUUGAUUUUGAAACUAUCAAGGAGCAGUUUACAUACAGGGUUGCCACAAAUGGUAAUGAUAGAAUGAAUUCUUAUGCUAAAUACAAGAUAGAUCCAGUUCCUAACAGCAAUAUCUUUAUUGUCAUAAAACAGAGAGUCUACACAACUUCUACAAGGUGUUGCAGUAUUUACGGAAUAUCACCUGAUUCCCAUAAAUGCAGCUCCAGAUCAUGUGACUGUUUGUGUUACAAAGAUGCCGAUUUUGAUUAUUGCAAUAAUGCAUAUACUCUGUUAGGUGAUGCUGCACACACAUGUAGUCCUAGAGACCCAGAACUACAGACAAAAAAUCUGAAUGACGAAGAAAAGAUUAAAAAUCUUCAAUUUUGCUUUGAUCCUAAAUGCUCCACAAGAACACAAAAAUCAGAUUGUUUUGGUGUGGCAGGAUGUAGUUGGUGUGUUAGAGAUUCUAAUGACCAGGAUCUAGAGCAGCCAUAUUGUGCCUUACAGAGUGUCUGUUACUUUGGACAAGUUGGAUCUGAAGACCCAUAUGGAAAUAAUGUUGGAGAUAACAGUAACACGGAUGAAUCUGAAGGUAUUCCAGGUGGAGUGAUAGCUAGCAUUGUCCUCAGUGUACUAGUGUUUGUCUUCAUUGCCGGAUGUUUCUAUAGUCAUAUCAGAACCAAGUCCAGUAUAUCAUCAUCUACCACUAGAAGUCCAGCAACAGAAACAACACAACAGACAAAUGCUCACGACAAUCCAGCAUUUAGAUCACAAAAUCAAAGUUCAUUAGGGAGACCCUCAUUUCAGCAGCAAUCUUCAAUAAACAAUCGGGGAAAUCUCAUGUUUCACCCUCUAAAUCAAAAUGCUGAGUACACUUUUCCCACAGCUCCUGUAGAAAAUCCUCCACCAUAUUCUGCAGUGGUUUUUAACGGUAGUCAGACAAAGCAUGGUUAUCCAAAUAAAAUUUUGUAAAUGGAAAAAAAAAUCAUAUAUGUAAUAAAUCAUACAAUUUGUAUCACAACAUAAAUUAUGUAUCAACUAAAAUUUGGAUAUUUGAAUUGACAAAUAUUUGAAUUAUGUACAGUAAUUUACCUAUAUGGAGUCAUUUUCUUUCAGAACGAUAGGUCAUUCUUUCGAAGAAUCAACCCGGAUGAUACCAUGUUUCAAUGAAAUAUGUUUGAAGGCAUAAAGUAAUGACCAUACGGUCGGUCUUUUGUUUGAACAAUCCUGGCACCCCUCUGUGUGCUUUACAAUAAGACAAACCCUACACUACUCUUAUAAUUAUGUACAUGAGUGUACAUUGAUUCCAUUGUAUUCUUGCAGCUAUAGGAUGCUUCAAUUACCGUACAAAUGUCAGUUCAUUUAUACAUUUGCAUGAUGCCCGUUAUUUUCAUUUGAAUAAAUUCAUCAUAGAUACCAGCUGGAUUAAAUCUUGUAUUUACGUCAAUCACGUGUUUCGUCUACAAAGGACCCAUUUGUGACGCUCGAAUCCCGAAAGGUUCAAAAGGCUAAAUAAAGUACGAAGAGGAAGACUUUUGAGGACCAAAUAAAGUAGUUCAAAUUGUGAUAGUACUCUGAAUACAGUUUUAUACUGUGAAUGAUUUUUGUCUCGCCUUAACGUAGUCAAAAAGCGAGACAUAUGUUUUCUGUUUAAAGUGUCAUUGGGCAUAUGUGUUGUAGGCGGUGGUGGUGUCGUAAACAAUGUAUUAGUUUGUGAUUAGGCCGGUUUAUAGGUUAAUGGUAUUUGCUAUGCAGUUGUAUUAGCAUUAGCACAUCUCAUAUUUUGAGAGAUAAUUUGUCCCUGUCCCCUCAAUCAUGUUCAUUGGAUUUAAAUAUUUUGCAUGUUUAAAUGUUUAUGUGAAUUGCUAUUUUAAUUUCAACAUUUGCAUUUUACUUUUGAUCAAAAUAAAAAAGGCGAUAUAUA